UGUGAGCAGAGCAGCGAGACAAUGGUUUAGAGCGGCUGUCGGAGCAGGCCGGGGUUCGAGAGGCGGUUAUCAGCCACCACGGGCUUCUGACUAUCAGCGCGACUGAUCGAGUUGAUAUUAACGGCGCUGGUAUUGGUCCGGGUGCAGGAAUGAGCGGUGAAUGAUGUGUGUGGAUGGUGAGAGUGGGGGGAGCCCGGCGUCGCCUUGGAGAUAAAACGCGGUGGUAUUCGAGCUGAACCUGUUCCACGUUCCUCCCGUUUCAGAUGUAACACAAGGGACUUAAUGUGGACGAGCAUCAAUGAUGUCAGGAAAGUAUUACAAUGGACAUGAAGUCAGCUGCUGUAUCAAAUAUUUUAUAUUCGGAUUUAACAUAAUAUUUUGGCUACUGGGGGUGGCCUUCCUGGGAAUUGGACUAUGGGCAUGGAAUGAGAAGGGCGUGCUGUCAAACAUCUCCUCCAUCACUGAUCUGGGUGGGUUCGAUCCUGUCUGGCUGUUUCUGGUGGUGGGUGGUGUAAUGUUUAUCUUGGGUUUUGCUGGUUGCAUUGGAGCUCUAAGAGAGAACACCCUCCUCCUCAAGUUUUUUGCUGUGUUCCUGGGGAUUAUAUUCUUCCUGGAACUGACAGCUGGGGUUCUUGCCUUUGUCUUUAAGGACUGGAUCAAAGACCAGCUCAACUUCUUCAUAAAUAACAACAUCAGAGCCUACAGAGAUGAUAUUGACCUACAAAAUCUUAUCGACUUUACUCAGGAAUAUUGGGAAUGUUGUGGGGCUUUUGGAGCUGAUGACUGGAAUCUCAACAUCUACUUCAACUGCACAGACACCAACCCCAGCCGAGAGAAGUGUGGCGUUCCCUUCUCCUGCUGUACCAAGGACCCAGCAGAGGAUGUAAUCAACACACAGUGUGGAUAUGAUGUCCGGGCUAAAUCGGACGCUGAGCAAAAGACCUACAUAUAUGUGAAGGGCUGCGUGCCUCAGUUUGAAAAGUGGUUACAGGAUAACCUGACAGUAGUAGCAGGCAUCUUUAUAGGAAUUGCACUGCUACAGAUUUUUGGAAUAUGCCUGGCCCAAAAUCUAGUGAGUGAUAUUGAAGCUGUGCGGGCGAGCUGUUUGUUCACCUGAAGAUAAUGUUCCUUAAGGCAUUCACAGGACUCUUGAGUAACGGCCAGCAGCAGAACUCAGCAUGCCUCGUUCAUCAGGUCAUGUGUGUGUACAGAUGUGAUCUGCACCAAUAUACUGUAUAUUAUUGAGUGAAUGCAAGAUUUUCUAGAGUAUUUCACAUGCCAGACACCUGUGUCUGAAAUGUAAAAAUGUGUGGCUGUGUUUGACUUUUAGAUUGCACUACAUCUCUUACACCCUGGUCCAUAAUUUUUAUUUUCCAGUUAACAUUGCUUCAUGAACACACAUAUAUUAUCAUAGUGAUGAACCUAUUUGGGUCCAGUUUGUGGACCGUGACAUUUCUUUUUCAACACCUUUUAACACAUUAAUUUUGAUAAUCAUUUGGUUGUCCUAAUAUCUCAAAAGUUAUGUACCUGUUCUUUAUCAAGCGAAAGUCCAUAAUCUUUAGUGAGGAACCUCCGACACUGGCAGAGUGUACUAUGAAAGUAUUGUCAAGUGAUUUAUAAUCUAAUCUAAAGGUUCAGAGGUCAUCAUCUUGACUAAGAUGAUUAAGAUGGUCAUCGCCUUGACUAAGAUGUUAGUAGCAGACACUAGCUCUGAAGGAUUAAUGUAAAUUUAGAUUUAAAAAAAAUGAAUUCAACACGUUUCAAAAAGUAUUCAGUACACACUUUCUGCAAAAGCCAAGUAUUUUUAGAGUGAUCUCAUAAAGUGGUUUUCCAUGGGGGAAAAAUAUAUGUUUAAGCAGCCAAAUAGAAUUAAUGAAGAAAAAUUCGAUCAUGAACAAAAAUCUGUACUGUUAACUGUAAGGAUGUAAAAUGUAUAAAGGGAAUGUUUCUCUAAUACAGGCUUAUUGUAAUCAAAUUAGAUUAGAUUAGAUAAAACUUUAUUGAUCCCUUUGGGAGGGUUCCCUCAGGGAAAUUAAGAUUCCAGCAGCAUCAUUACAAAUAAACAGAGAAAAGAAAUGGAGGAAAACUUCUAGAUAAAUUAAAAUAAAUUAAGUAUUUACAUAUACAAAUAUAAAAGAAUAAGACAUGGGGAAGAGAGGAAGGGGGGAUGAAUGAACUAAUGUUGGACAGAAUGUGAGAUAAACCCUUGAUUCUGUGCUAUACUUAUCCAUUUUAUCAAAUAAACAAAGCCUUUUUCACCCGUUGA